AGCAUUUCCGGCUUCCAGCGGUCGACCGAGCCUCCCCGUUGACUCCUUCGCUCGAGAGCGAGUAGCGAAUCUCCAUGGCGUCGUCGGGCGACUUCGGCGCCGGCAACCCCUAUGGCGACCCCAACUGGUACAACGGCAACUACCACAGCCCGUACUACAAGGAGACCCACCGAGCCUGGCGCCAGCGCUGCCGCGCCUUUGUGGAGCAGCACAUCAUGCCCUACGUCCACGACUGGGAGGUGAACAAGGCGGUGCCCCCAGAGACCUACGUGCAGUGCGCGGAGGCGGGGCUGCUGCCGGUGGUGGUCGGCCCCCACUCGGGCGCCUACGACCUCGUACCCUACGAGAAGCCGCAGGACCUGGACUACUUCCACGAGCUCAUCUUCGUGGACGAGCUGGCGAGGUGUGGCAGCGGUGGCGUCCUGUGGGGCCUCAUCGAGGGUUUGCAGAUCGGCCUGCCCCCGGUCCUGAACUUCGGCAGUGAGGAGAUGCGGAAGCGGGUGGCACCUGACUGCCUGAUGGGCAAGAAGAUCAUCUCGCUAAACAUCACGGAGCCCAGCGCGGGCAGCGACGUGGCGGCCAUCAAGACAGUGGCCAAGCGGGAGGGGGACUUCUACAUCGUCAACGGUAAUAAGAAGUGGAUCACCAACGGUAUCUUCUCGGACUACUUCACCUGCGCAGUCCGCACCGGUGAUCCCGGCAUGCGUGGCGUGUCCAUGCUCCUUCUAGAGAGGGACAUGGGUGGCAUCACUACGAAGCGCAUGGACUGUCAGGGCGUGUGGCCUAGCGGCACCACCUACUGCGAGUUCGACAACGUGAAGGUCCCGGUGAAGAACCUGAUCGGCGAGGAGAACAAGGGCUUCGGCGUUAUCAUGAAGAACUUCAACCACGAGCGCUGGGGCUUUGUAGUGCAGGCCAGCAGAUUCAGCCGAGUCCUCAUCGAAGACUCCUGGCAGUUCGCCAACAAGCGCUCCACCUUCGGCAAGAAGCUGGUGGAGCACCCGGUGAUCCGCUGGAAGCUGGCGGAGAUGACAAGGCAGGUGGAGGGCAUCCAUCACUGGCUGGAGAACAUGACCUACCAGCUCUGCCCCUCGG